AUGAGUCUUAUUAAUAGAGGGUUAUCUGAGAAAACAGUCUUUGGCUACAACAACAAUAAUGAUAUGAAAGAGAAAAGAGAGACUGCUAAUACUAAUUCUAUUCCAUCUUAUAUUACUCAUUCUGAUCACCAACAUCACCAUUUUCUUGCUCGUUGCACCAUUGUUGAUGAUUCUUCUGAGUUGAGUAUCUUUGAUGCCAAGAAGUACUUCAAUGAAGUUUCAGCCAACAAUAAUAUUAACAAGGUUUCUCCCAUAAUGAACAUCGAUUCGAUGUCGAUGUCGAUGUCGGAGCAAUGUAUGGAUCAUUCAGUAGCAUCGUCUCAAGAUCAGGAUUCAGAAAAGGAUUAUGACUUAUCCAAGUCGAAGCCUUGGACUUGUGGUGUUGCGCACCCGUCGUCUGGGGUGGUUUCUAAAUUUUCACCAACUACUGCCUCUACUAUAGAUGGUCAUCAUCGUCGGAGUUACCGAGCUCGAUCUUUCCAUUCUGCAACGCCAACUGCCUCGUCGGAGGCUAGUUGGAAUAGCCAGACGGGGUUGCUCUCGAACCCUCCUGGAGCAAUCUCAGUGUCAGUUUUGCGUGGGGAUUCUGAUCAUCAUUCUGGGAGGAAAACUCGAAAGCCUCCUUCGUCAUCCUCUUUGGCAGCAAGAUGGAUUUUUAGAAGCUCUAAAUGCCCUUGUACUGGGAAGAAGUCGGUUCAAGUUCAGGAAUCUAAAGUGGUACUAGACCCAAAAACAAGUCCUCCUUAUAUCAACAACACAACCGUUGGUGGCCAUUCCCAAUCUCAAUCAGAGUCUCCGCCAUCUGAAAAAACCUCUGGAGAAAACACAAUGCUAUUGCAACAUCCAGACAAGGACGUUGUUUGGGGUAGUCAAAGACGUUUUCCUCCAAAUUUGCUUCUUCAAGGACACACAACGCAACGAGUAAUAGCCUCCACGGGCUUCACUUUUCCCAUCUUGAAAAACAACAAUAACAACAAUGGAGAUAUUCCAACCAGAGCUAUAGGUCAUGUUUUAAUUGAAGACCCUCCUCGAGAUUCUCUAGAAGUUUUCAACCCAAGCAGUGCUAGAGAUAGUGGCAACGGUGGUUGUAGUAGUCUAAAAUCACGAAUUCUAGCCAGUGUAGCAGCAUCUGGCGGCAACGCCACCAUUGUGAACGACAUCGAUGAUGUAGCAAGUGAUGCUAGCUCAGACUUAUUUGAAAUCGAAAGUUUUUCCACUCAAACUGCCAGCACAACCACGGCCUCAUACCCUGCCAUGUUCCACCGACGAGACUCAAUGGAACUAGAAGCAAGAAGACUAGGGUUAACCUCUGCAGCCACACGUCGCAGCCUCGACGAGCCAAUGACACCUUCAACUGAUUGGUAUGAACCAAGCGAGGCAAGCAUCGACUGGAGCGUUACCACAGCCGAGGGCUUCGAUCGGGCGAGCAUUGCCAACAUGUCAGAGGCCGAGGAGUCCUGGACUGAGAAAAACAACAACAACAACAAUAACAACAGACGAAGAUCAUCAUCGGGAAAUGGGUUGUUAAGUUGUCGGUCAGAGAAGGCGGUGAGUGUAGGCCCACAGCCGGUGAUGAAGCAUGUGAGUAGUAGGCCACCAUUGGGAAAGAAGCCACCACUAGCAAGGUCUAAUUCAGCUCACCUCUCCCUUACUUUUGCUGCCUGA